GAUCUGCGCUAGAUAAACACUCAGACUCUCACGCGCGCACCAGCUGGCGCGCUUGCAGGCGCGCACAUCACGCAUCUGGAAACAGACAGCAGCGAUCGUUAUAUUUCCGCUGCGGUAUAUUUUAAUGCUUUUUUUUUAAUCUGUCAUUUUAGUGGAAAAGCCAGCUUCUGACAGAGGAAUAGAAGGAGAGAGAGAGAGGAGCAGGUGUGCCCUUUAAGAGGGAAGGAGCAGCUGAAGCAAGGGCAGCAUCCCUGUCUACAUCCUCUGUGGAGGGUUGUGUCAUUCAGAGAAGUGAGAGAAAGGACAGGCGGUCAGACAAAGCCCUGCUUUUUCUUUUCCAUUCCUACUUCUUUCAUCAGGAGAUAGGCUGCAAUGGUCGGCAGCAAUCAGUAUCCCAAACCUGUCUGAGAGAGCCCUAUGAACUGCCGAUCCAAUGGACAUCAAAGGCCAGUGUUGGACAGACGAGGAGUCAGAUGGGGAGAACGAAUCUGAACAGUUCCUAUAUGGAAUCCAGUGCUGCUUGUUGCAGGGGAGCUGUGCUGCUGAUCUGUACCGCCAUCCUCAACUAGAUGCAGAUAUUGAGGCUGUGAAAGACAUCUACACUGACAGUGCAAUCUCAGUCAGGGAGUAUGGAACUAUUGAUGACGUGGACAUCGAUCUUCAUAUUAACAUCAGCUUCUUAGAUGAGGAGGUUGCAACAGCCUGGAAAGUUAUCAGAACAGAACCCAUUAUUUUGAGACUGCGUUUUUCUCUUUCUCAGUACCUUGAUGGACCAGAGCCGUCAGUAGAAGUGUUUCAGCCUUCAAAUAAAGAAGGCUUCAGCCUUGGCCUGCAACUUAAAAAGAUCCUGAGCACAUUCACCUCACAGCAGUGGAAGCACCUCAGCAAUGAGUUCCUCAAGGCCCAGCAGGAAAAGAGGCAUAGCUGGUUCAAAGCUGGAGGGACCAUCAAGAAGUUCCGUGCUGGGCUCAGCAUUUUCUCUCCAAUUCCCAAAUCCCCAAGUUUUCCUCUGAUCCAAGACACGGUUCUGAAAGGGAAGCUGAGUGUGCCUGAGCUGAGAGUGACCCGCCUGAUGAACCGCUCUAUCUCCUGUACAAUGAAGAACCCUAAAGGGGAGCUCUUUAGCUAUCCACCAAACAGCCAGACUGUAGCUGUCCCGGCGGCCAGGGCCCCAGCGCAGAUUACCACGAGGCAGCUGAUUGAAUUGUUUUUUUCAUCCCAGGCGGGCGGCCACUGCAAGAACAUCCCUACGCUGGAGUAUGGCUUCUUAGUGCAGAUAAUGAAGUACUCAGAGCAGAGGAUUCCCACACUAAAUGAAUACUGCGUGGUCUGUGACGAACAACAUGUUUUUCAGAAUGGGUCAAUGCUGAAGCCUGCUGUUUGUACCAGGGAACUGUGUGUAUUCUCCUUUUACACACUGGGUGUGAUGUCUGGAGCUGCCGAAGAAGUGGCCACAGGAGCAGAGGUCGUGGAUUUACUUGUGGCUAUGUGUCGAGCUGCACUUGAGUCCCCACGUAAGAGCAUCAUUUUUGAGCCCUACCCAUCAGUUGUUGAUCCAAAUGACCCCAAGACCCUUGCAUUCAACCCAAAGAAGAAAAAUUAUGAAAGACUGCAGAAAGCACUGGACAGCGUCAUGUCCAUUCGGGAAAUGACCCAGGGUUCUUAUCUAGAGAUCAAGAAACAGAUGGACAAACUGGACCCUUUGGCCCAUCCUCUGUUGCAGUGGAUCAUUUCCAGUAAUAGGUCUCAUAUUGUCAAGCUGCCUCUCAGCAGGCAACUCAAAUUCAUGCACACCUCCCACCAGUUCCUGCUGCUCAGCAGCCCCCCAGCCAAGGAGGCUCGCUUUCGCACUGCCAAGAAGCUCUAUGGUAGCACCUUUGCCUUCCAUGGAUCCCAUAUAGAGAACUGGCACUCUGUUCUUAGAAAUGGACUGGUCAACGCUUCUUAUACCAAGCUGCAGCUGCAUGGAGCAGCGUAUGGAAAGGGCAUCUAUCUGAGCCCCAUCUCCAGCAUAUCUUUUGGAUACUCAGGAAUGGGGAAAGGACAACAUCGCAUGCCCACUAAAGAUGAGCUGGUACAGCGUUACAACCGUAUGAACACCAUCCCACAGAGUCGUCCAAUACAAUCAAGGUUUCUGCAAAGUCGAAACUUGAACUGCAUUGCACUUUGUGAAGUGAUCACAUCUAAAGAUCUGCAAAAACACGGCAACAUAUGGGUGUGCCCGGUCUCUGACCAUGUCUGUACCCGCUUCUUUUUUGUGUACGAGGAUGGCCAAGUAGGAGACGCUAACAUCAACACUCAGGAGCCUAAGGUGCAAAAGGAGAUCAUGCGUGUGAUUGGGACCCAGAUCUACUCAAGCUAAUGGAGGUUCAGCAGCAGAUCUAUCCCUGUCUUAGCUGGGGGCAGGCAGACCGACAGGCAAUUGAAGCUAAUGCUUCGAUGAGCUGUCCUAAGACCGGAUUCUGAGGAAUGAAAAGCUCCUGAAAACAUUACUAACGUCAUGGCUUUACCCAUGAUUUUCUCCUUUUUUCUCCUGUUUUCUAUCUUCCCUGCAUUGUUACGAAUUUCCUGUUCACCGGACCCUCAGUUAGUUUGCUCCUGGUUUACCCCCCUUUGUGCAUUGGUCUACACUAAUGCAGACAAAUUUGUAGAACUGCUGAGGUUAGACUGCUGUGGCUGCGGGUUUGCUUUCACUGAUUCUU